UUGCUCUUUUGCUGGAGGCUCGUCGGUGUACCUGUGAGUGUCUCGCCGUACCCGCCGAAACCUAACAGGCCCCAUUUUUGAUCGCCAGUGCCGUCACCCUUGGACCUCUUCGCGCUGUUUGCACCCGAAUCGCCCAUGGGUGUUAUCUGCAGCGUGUUGCUGUUCGGGUCUGCCGAUUUCUGUCGCUUAAGCAUGAACGCAUCAGCUGGAUCGCUCCUCAGCAGUACCCCUUUGGGCGGGUCGAAGAGGUUCUUUCAGGGCAAGCACCUUCAAGAGUCAGCCACUGGGAAUCACUUUGCGGUGAUGCAUCGCGAGUCAAGACCCACUUUGACGACUCCUACGCCCAGAUCAGCCGCAGGCUCGAUCAGCUUGACAAGACUGCCAAGAAAGGGCUCACGCGAAUCCAAGUCAUCGAUCACGACGACUCGGAUGUUGACCUCAUGCGUUGAAGGAGAACGCCGCUUGAGAUGAAGGCCAGGCAAGACUUUGCCAACGACCUUCUGAGCGAGUUUUUUCUGUUGUGCCAGACGAGAAAUGACAUGGCAAUUCAUAAGCUGGGCCUCACGUCACUGAUCCGAU